UCUGGUCUUUUCUCCACUGUUAGCUCGUCUUUCAUUGUCGCCAUGGAGUCCAGUCUUAGUCCUGACCCCAGCGACACCACGAAUGCCCCUCUCGCGCAACUCGUGCAGAUUGAACUCGGCAACCUCAUCGCUGCGGGCUCCACGCCUGUAGACCCAGCAUCUACGUGGUCGCCAUCUGCGUCGACUGUGAGGAUCCAAAUGAUCGCAUACGCAAGCUUGUCCAUGAGCUUGUUAGCAGCAUUCGGGGCUGUCCUAGGCAGGCAAUGG